CAGAGGUGGGGGCUGAUCCCGGCAGCGGCCAUGUUCUCCCUGUCGUCCCUGCCCUCCUGGCUCCCCGGCCUCCCCUUCCUCCAGUGGGGCUCUGGCCUCCUAGACUCUGUCCUGCAAGGCCUCAUCGGGGCCAGUGGAGUCUCGGUCCUGAACAGCCUCCUGAAGGUCUACUUCUUUGUGAACUGUGCCAACGACCCUGAGCGGCAGCUGGAAAAGCGCCGGCUGCAGGCCCAGUGGGCCUCGCUGGAGACCCUGCACCUGGCCGGGCUGGCCCUGAUCCUGACCGUCGUGGGGACCCGGGUGGCCGCCCUGGUGGUGCUGGAGUUCUCCCUGCGGGCCGUCUCCACGCUGCUGUCUCUGGGCAAGGGCUCCCAGAGCUCCGAGAUGCUGCAACUGCACCUGCUGGGCCAGUACUCGCUGGGCUGCGGGCUGACCUGCGGCCUGAGCUUCCUGCAGGAGGGCGCCCCGCACCGCACCCUGAACCUGCUGCUGGGCCUCGGGCUGGCGGCGCUGCUCCGCUCGGGCGCCGGGCGCCUCUGCCGCCACGUCUGCUGGCUCUACGAGCUGCACAGCGGCCAGCGCUACUGCGGGCUCUGCCUGGGCCUGCUGGCCGGCGCGCACGGCCUCCCCCGGCUGCUGACCCGCGCCCUGGCCGUGGCCUUUGCCGUGGGCGACCUGGCAGCCGUGGCCCUCAUCAACCGGGACUUCCUGAGCAUGUCGGACGCCGUGCGCUUCUGGACGCCGCUCGUCAUCUGCUACACCCUGCUGGUCAUCUACAUGCAGGAGGAGCAGCGGCAGAGCCCCGGCCUGCAGAGCCAGGUCCAGACGGUGCUGGUCCGCAUGGGUGGCCUCUUCGUGCUGCUGUUGACCGUGGGCAGCUGGCUGGACCUCCUGGGAGUCCUCCUGUCCCUGCUGGGCGAGCUCUGGUGCCUGACCCGCAUCCGCACCCUGCUGGACCUUUGCCAGAUACAGGAUUUUCCAGCCCAGAGGCCUUCAGCCCCAAGGCAGCCGCAGCCGCAGCCCUCAGCACCUGGCCAGCCCCAGGGGGCAGCCCCCUCCUGACCGGCCGGAGCAAGGACUUGGAAUCUGUCUCGGGCCCCCCCAGGCUCAUCGGGAGGUCUUGACCCCAGGACUAGCUGGGGGCAGGCUGGCCCCACCUGGAGUUCAAGGGGCUCUUGGGAGGGAGAGGAGGGUUUGGGCUAGGGCCCUCCGAAGGGGGCACCUGGAGGCUGCUGGGUGAACCCCUUUUUUUCUCAGGCAGGCACACCUGCCUUCCUGGGAUGAGGGGGCCUUGGGGGGAUGGGGGAGCACUGCAUUCUCAGAACGGCUUCCCCUUUUCUGGCCUCCCUCGCCCUCUCCAUGAACAAUAAAGAUGAUUUUCUCAGCCUG